GUAGUUAAUAAUUGAAGAUGUAGGCAGUGUGAAAGACUGUAUAUUCUGAACAGAGUAUUAACAAAGUGUUAUUGAGGAAGUUGUUAUUGUGAGGCUAUUACAAAAUCAACAUGGGAGGGAACAGAUGUGGCCUUGUAGUCAGGCUAGCUAAAUAUGUGGUUAGUAUUUUAUAGCUUCUCAGUAAACAAGAAGUAGGUUCACUUGCGAAAUCUGCACCAGAACAUUGUAUAGCACUACACAGGAAUAGUUGUAUCAUUUCAUUCUUUAAAUUGUCACCCUUGAGUUUGUUGUCCCAAAAAAAAAAAAAAAUACUGCUGAGAGGAAGCCUUAUUUGCCAACAAAGGCACUGCUGUGGAGUCCAGGCGCUGUUUCUGUCAAACUUACACAGAGGGAAUACUUUCCAGUUGCAAUUGCUCUUUCCUAUCUUGUCUGCCUCAUCAGUGCAGUUGGAAUGUUGCGUGACUGACUUAUUUAUAGAAGCAGCCAAUCAAAAUAGCUAAGCCUGAGCUUCAUUGAAGACAAACACUUGUGCUGGAGUCUGCUAUACUGCUACACUGACUUUCUGUCAAGAACCCUUCUGAGGACUCCCACUUCAAAUCCUGACUGAAGUCCAAAGAAGACAUACAGAAGCGAGAAAGGGAUACCUAGAACCACCAUACUGUCUUUCUACUAAAAUAGACUGUUAUAUAUUAAUUAAUAAACCAAGAGCCAGUGAAAUGUCUGAUGGUGAAGACAUUGGAGAAGGAGUGAGCUGGGAAGUAAUCGAUUCCAGACAGGACAGCAGAUCUGGAGACAUUCAAGUUGUUUCUGAGUCAUGGAUGAGUUGUAGUUUAUUCUUCCAGGAAAUGUCCUCCUUUAAACAACAAAACCCUGGCAAGUUUUGCCUUCUCGCCUGUAGCUUGUGUACAUUUUUCGCUGUCCUUGGUCGUUGCAUUCCAGGAGUUCUAAUUUCCUAUUUUGUAUUGCUGUGUGCCUUUGUAUGGCCAUUGUUGUCAUCUCAUGAAUUUGGUCAGAAAUUGUACAGUAGGAUCGAACCAGUUCUGCAGAAGCUGGAUUUUGGCGUGGGAGAUUUUCUCAAGAAGCUAAAAGAAAGACACGAAAAACAAAAUGUCAAAAGUACUGAAGACAACAGUGAAGCUGAAAUAUCUGCCCUUUGUCCUGAGGUGAACCCCUUAACCAUGUGUAAGGAGCUCUCAGUAUCUGACACAGAGGCAUCUGAGAUGUCUUGGACCGACAAUGGAACAUUCAACCUGUCGGAGGGUCACACUCCUCAGACAGAAAAUUCAGAUGAUCUUGACCGUCCAAGUGACCAUGAAGAAAUCUUCUGCAGUGGGCUCUCCGAGUUCCCAUCUCUGGACAAUGGAGCAGGAACGAAUGGCGACGACGAAGACUUGAGCAUUGGCCUCCCCACUCCCCGCAGCCGAACCAGGAAACCAGGGCGGCAGCACACAAGCAGCAACGACGGGCAAUUCUCAUUACCUCCGACUGGCGACCGGACCCUUGACCUUGUCAAUGCCAUGGCAGGAGAGGUCAUUGCUGCUGCGGUGUCUGCAGCCAUUAUGGAACAGCUACGUCCCUCCCAUUCCGAGACGCCCCCUCAACCCACCGCACCGGCCGUCAGCUCCAGCGAAGAAACGGACACCGAGGAUGCAGACGACUUUGAACUACUGGACCAGUCUGAGCUGGAGCAGAUUGAGAGCGAGCUGGGACUGGCACAGACAGAGGCAGAGACGAAAAAAGCCAAACCGUCAGGCUUUCUUUCCAAUCUACUCGGUGGCCAUUGAUCACAUAAAUGCAGGUGGGGGAGGGAGGGUUACGAGGGAAAACGUGAAGUGACCAUGCAUACCCCACAGAAGAAUAUCUAGACAUUUAAGAAAUACGCUUGCUAUAUAUUUGUUUUACACAGGCCUGAAUCAUAUUAGAAAUUAUUGAGAUUUAGGAAUGGUAAAUGUGUAGAUUUAGCAAUCUCUGUUUUAAAGAAUGGCAUAGUGUUUCAAACAAUUUGGGAGUAUAAUGAAUAUGCCAUCGAAUGUCAUUAACAUUUUGCAACUGACUAUGCCUUGUUAAAAUAGCAUGAAUUUAAAUAAUGCAAAUGUGGUUUCACAGGUUUAAUUACCAAAUGGAUGUUUGUUUGCUUCCAUUGCCAAAUGUAAACAUCAUGGACUCUGUAUCCAUAUAUCAAUGAACUGGCAGAAACUAAUUUCAAACCAUUUUACUUCCUCAAGAAUGCUUGCAUAGAUAUAAUGUCUAAAGUAUGGUACGUAAAUUUAGGAAACCUUUAUUGGGUAAUAUGUUGACAAUCAAAUACUUUUAAACCACUUUUUAUUAUUUAUUUAAGUAAUUUAAUGAAAAGCUGCAUUUGUUACACUGUGUAAAUGGAUCACAUGCCCAUAGGGUAACAGGGUGUAGUGUUAUAUAUGUGGGUCGUCACUGAAUAAUAAUGAGGCAGACACAGAGCAUUGGGUGUUGACACGCCACACAGGGGCGGAGAUUUCAUAGCACAAGUGCUGCCACUAGGGUACCAGCAACGGUAGCCCUAGUGCCAGAUUUAAUAAACAAAACAAAACAAAGCUAAAAAUAAAAGCUUUCCACAAGAGGCGAGCACUAGUCUCACUAAAAGAGACAUCCCGCUUCAGGAACCUACUGCACUACGAAAACCCUCUCUAUACACUGUCUGGGAUCAUCUUCCCCUAAACUAACCUACUUCUACGCUCCUGGAGUCCUGGCUCCCUCACAGCGACUCCUGGCUCUUCAAAUGGCCUCGGCUGGGCAAUACCUUCAUGUCCUCCGUCUUGCAGUGGUAGGGUUCCGUAGUAGUUAAUCCUGUGGAGCGGAUGCUCUCCUCCUCGAUUUCAACAAGCGCAAGCUUUCGCUCAGUGCACGCCCCCCCCCCCCCCCCCCCAGCCAGUCCGGAUCUUGCGAUCAGCUCAUCAUCGGACGAGCCUAACUGCUUAAUUGGUUGCCCAGCAACGCAUCUUCUGUUCCGUGUCCCAGCUACACACAUUUGCGCAGGAAGCAGCGACAGGGCUCUCCCUGCCACAGUACUAUAUGGCGUAUUUUGUUGAGUAUCAAAAAGAGUGGUACAGUAUACUGAUUUUGUAAUGGCUGUUCCACUGAUCCAUAGCCAUAUGCUUUGGAAGUAACCCUUUGUGUGAGACACAUUUAUUGACUCAUACCUAGCACUUAUCUGCUUAUCGGCUAAUAAUGGAAAAACAGCAGUGAGGUUGUUUCAUGAGCUAAACAGCUGUCAUACUGAAUGAAACAUCCCUGCCUAACUUCAUAAAAGCCAAAGUUGUUGAAAAUGUGUCAAUAAUUUUAAAAUAUGCACUUUAAGCUUGCAGGAACAUCCUGCAAUUUUUCUGUUUAGAUCGUUAAAAUUGACCCACGGGUCUCAAAGACACUGGGUCAGUUUACUAAUUUUAAGUAAUUUCUUAAUUUUUUUUCACUGUAGUGCCAGUAGGAUACAAGACCUAGGAGUUGUCCAUUGCGGACAGCAGCACAACUGAAGGAAAUGGUGUUUGGCCUUUCACUUGUUGAUUAUGGGGUUUCAUUGUCACAGGGCUAUUUUUGAUAAUCUGCUGUUCUGUUUCAUGUCUGCUAUACAGUCUGUAACUCCAAGAUGAAGAAAAUAUUUCUAAAUUGAUAUAGGAAUAUCUGCAUUAUAUUUUUAGUCUAUAGUUUUAACAGGUUUAACCUAAUUAAUGUAUUAACCCUUAAUCACUAAGUCCUAGUUAAUAAAGUAAUUGUAAUUAAUGAUUAAUAGAUUCUUAACAGCAAGAACUCCAAUAUAUUCAUGUUUGUUUCAUUAAACCAUAUUUUUCAACUUUAAUUUUCAUCCAAUUGAUGACUGAUCAAUAAAGCAGAGACCUUACCAGUUCUCUAAUGGAACAGUAGUCAAAAAGGUCCCCUUUAUUUUUGUCUUCACUAUCCAACUUCCUAACACUGUUGAUCAUUAGUCACUCAAUAGACGAGAAUUCCAUUUUUAUAUAGUCUUGCAUUAAAACAAACAGAAAUAUGUUGGAAUUUAAUGCUAGGUAGAUUUGAUUUCCAGGUAUUCAUUACUUAAUUGUCUUUAUUUGGAGCCAAGUCUAUUGUUUACUGCAAAAAUAGUCUAUUAAAACUAUUUAAAAAGCUGCAUUCAAACAACACACUUUUAAAUGUGUUGUGGUUCUUGAUAUUAAGAUACUAGCCUAUGUGUUGGUUUGUGUCUAUCUACUUGCUUCUGGUAAAGUGACAUUGGUACCUUAUGCAUAUGCAUCUGGAACAGUUGAAUAUUUAACAGUUGACAAUUGAUUCAAAACAUGUUUAUGCAUUAAAACGCAGUUCAAAGUUGACUUGUUCUUGCUCAUUUCAUUUUAUUUAAUACAUAUUUUCAUUGCCUUUUGCAAUUACAACCAUUCCCCUCAAGUUAGCAUCUUAUCUGCUGAAGAUAUUAGCCUUCACAAUUCACAGUUUCUGAUGUCUAUUAGUGUGCAGUCAGCAAAGUGUUUUUUUUUUUUUUUUUUCUGGCUUUCUGUUUGUGCUUUCAUCUUCCACAGUAAAGUGCCUUGUAUUGACCUUGGUUUUUUAUAUAUCUAGUUUCACAGACCCCAGUUAGCAUUAUAAUCUUGGAUUCCAUAACUAAAGUAACAUCUAGCAAUCCAAGAUUAGCGCUAAUCAGGUUCUGUGAAACCAGCCAAGAAUUAAUUACGGAAAAAUACCAUACAAGCCAAGACCUAAACUACAUACGCAGAACACAGAAUGUAUGUAAUGUAUUAACAUCUGGUAAUGCCUUCAUGAAAUUUGAAAAGAGAAUUCACUUUCUAGACAUGAACACAAAUGAAUAUAAAUAGGUAAGAGGAUUUAAAAAAACAUAUUACUGUAUAUCGAAAAUACCGCCCUCAUAACUGAUAUCACACCAUCUCUUUUCUUGUAAAGCUCCUUGUUUGAAAUUAAUUUAAUCCAAAUGACAGUUCAGCUUUAGGCAAGCAGCACUGUGAAAUCGGGAUUGCAUAUGUAACACUAUAGUUUUGGUACAGCUACACCACACUGUAAAUCUGAGAAGUGAUUUUACUAACCCAGACACCAUCCAUCCACUGUUGCCUCUUAACUGUCAGGCCAUACAGGAUACUCCAUCAAACAUGUGAUCCCAGUAAUAAAUGCCUGGGACUUUGUUAAUAAUAGUACUAACCCCCUCUUGCUGGUAUGGUAUAAUUUUUUUUUUUUUUUUUAAUUUAUAAAACUUACAUUAUAAUUGUGUUGAUUUUGCACUUACAGGAAUGAGAUCUGUUUCAAACAGAAUGUAUAAUUCAUUUAUCAAUGUGGUAAAAAAUAAAAAAUAAUUGCUGUUACAAAAUGUAUUCUAAAUCUCAAACCUAUUUUAACCACAAUCUGGAAUUUUAUAUCCAUGAGUGGCACUUUAACAAAAAACAUGUACCUUAUUAAUUGAUAGGAUAUUGUGAUGGUGGGGAAACAGUUACAUACUGGCAUUUAAUAAAGAAAGCUUGUGUUUGCUGAUUUGUUUCCCUGUCAUGGGAUGUAAGUGUGUUUUUCAUCGUUUUAUGUACAGCAUUUAAAUUUUGUUUAAGAAUGUUAGCGCUGGAGUUUUUGUUUUUGAGUUUGUUUCACUGUAUUCUGUUUGUUUUCUUUUAUAAAUAGUGUUAUUACGCUCUUAUAUAUUAUUCAAUGAGAAUAACAAUGAGAAAUAAAAUACUACUAG